UAUUUUGAAUUCCGGUGAGGCUCGCUGACCGGAAGUCGGUCUGGUUAGCGCUGGUUCACGUUACUUGGAAGAACACUAAAGAAAAAGAGGAAAAGCAGCCGCUACCUAGAGGACACGGGUUGUUGUUUGUUUUUGUUUUUUUUUUUUAAUUACGGAUAUUCCACGUCAAGAAAACGCCGAAACCCAAGAAGGCAGUUAAAACAGCAAGUUUAUCCGUCCGACAUCAACAGCUCUAAUACAGCGGCCGUGGAAUGUGGUUGUCUACAGGUGCCUUCUUUUCAGCCUGGUAGUAGUGACGGGCACGGGGGCAGUCGUCCCAUGAGCUUUGUGUCAGCCUGACGUGAGCGCUGUGGGCCCAGGCCUGUUUUUCUCUGGAUCAGUGCGUGUUCAGCACUGCAGUGAUGGAUCACCCCAGAGAUAAAGAAGGCGAGAGGCCGGCGAGGAGCAGCAAAGUGGCCCAGGGACGCAGCGGACACUCGCGACCUUCCAGCUCCUCAGCGUCCUCUGGCGUCCUCAUGGUGGGGCCGAACUUCCGCGUGGGCAAGAAGAUCGGCUGUGGAAAUUUCGGGGAGCUAAAACUCGGAAAGAACCUCUACACAAACGAGUAUGUUGCCAUCAAAUUGGAACCUGUGAAAUCCAGAGCCCCACAGCUCCAUUUGGAAUACCGGUUUUACAAAACAUUAGGGAGCACAGCGGAAGGCCUGCCCCAGGUGUACUAUUUUGGGCCAUGCGGGAAAUACAAUGCCAUGGUGCUGGAGCUGCUCGGCCCCAGUCUGGAGGACCUCUUUGACCUCUGUGACCGCACCUUCUCCCUCAAGACAGUCUUAAUGAUUGCCAUUCAGCUGAUCUCCCGCAUGGAGUACGUGCACUCCAAGAACCUCAUCUACAGGGAUGUGAAGCCAGAGAACUUUCUCAUCGGACGGCAAGGGAACAAAAAGGAACACAUCAUUCACAUCAUAGACUUUGGCUUAGCCAAAGAAUACAUCGAUCCUGAAACCAAAAAACACAUUCCUUACCGGGAGCACAAGAGCCUCACUGGCACAGCACGAUACAUGUCCAUAAAUACGCACUUGGGGAAGGAGCAAAGUCGACGAGAUGACCUCGAAGCCUUAGGUCACAUGUUCAUGUACUUCCUCCGAGGCAGCCUUCCAUGGCAGGGACUAAAGGCUGACACGUUAAAAGAGAGAUAUCAAAAAAUCGGAGACACAAAACGGAACACUCCUAUUGAAGUUCUCUGUGAGAACUUUCCAGAGGAGAUGGCUACGUAUCUGCGCUACGUUCGGCGGUUGGAUUUCUUCGAAAAGCCUGACUAUGAGUACUUGAGGACCUUGUUCACUGAGCUGUUUGAACGCAAGGGAUACACGUUUGAUUACACAUACGACUGGGUCGGCAGGCAAAUCCCCACACCGGUCGGGUCCGUGCACGUGGACUCCGGAGCGUCAGCCGUGACACGUGAGAGCCACACACACAGAGACCGACCAUCUCAGCACCAGCCUCUAAGGAACCAGACGGCCUCCUCCGACCGCAGAGGAGCAUGGGAGGUGCAGCCCAACCGGCAGGCCAACUCCUACCUGACCUCCCACCUGGCGUCGGACAGGCAUGGAGGCUCAGUGCAGCGUGAUCUUUCAACGUGGACCAGCAGGAAACUGUUCUUCAUCAGGAUCCCCAAGCUGGUGGUCAGCUCAACUAACGGCGAACUGAACGCAGACGACCCGCUGGCGGCCCACUCCAACGCUCCAAUCACAGUGCAGGCGGAGGUGGAAGUGGUGGACGAGGCCAAGUGCUGCUGCUUCUUCAAAAGGAAGAGGAAAAAGAACACCGCUCGGCACAAAUGAUCCGUCACCCGCUCCACCCAGCCCGUUUUAAGAACGUUCAAUAAAGAAAUUUUAUUCAAAAGAAGACAACAAUGCCCUCAAAAUGAAUUGCCUCAAAGGGACCUGCCUGUGAGAGAGAAUGGAGACAUGCACAUAUCGUGCAGCGGGAUGCAGGGCUCAUGGACGGUUUACUUGUAUCGGAAUAUACACACACACACACUCUCUUACACACAGACACACACACACUCAUUUGGAUCUCUAAGCACUGGAACAGCAUUGCACUCCUUCAUGCUUCUUGUUUUUUAUUUUUUUUGUUUUGUUUAUUCCUCCCUCUCCAUUCGUCUGUGGUGAGAGAGACGGCUCUGUGAGGGAGCCCUCCCGUGUGUUCUGCCUUUGUGACAGACCCAGCAGCUCGAGACGGGGUUUGGAGGGAGUUUCACUCAAACAGAGGAGCUUCAUCCACACUGGAGUUCAUAUAUUGAUCCUUUGCACCGCCUGCUAGCUUUCUCUUCUGUCCUUUGUGUUUUCUGCUCCUCCUCAGAGCCUUAGAAAUUUCGCUAGCAGAGUUCGUGUAUCUAUUGGACCGAGUCAGCGUAAAAACAAAACACACACAAAAAAAAAAGAACAAAAAAAAAAAAACCAAGCUAACUGUCUUAACGUAAUGAAGCUAACAGGCUUUUCCUUGUGGACUCUGUAAAUGUGUGAAAUAAGCAGCCAAGUGUAAAGUGACAGCGUUGUAUUCAUGGCCUUCGAUCCUCGUGCUGACGCGAUACGCCGCCCGGCUCUGGGGGGACGAGGAGAGCGUCGAGGUCCGAUGCUCGGUCCACGAUCGAGAGCCUCAGCACAUUCCCCAGUUCUACUGAAUGCUAUUUAAGCUGCUUGUUCUAAAGCACUCCACCCACUCCGACCUGCCAGCCAGCCAUGCUGCUUUCUCCUCUUGUGAUAUAGUAUCGCUUUAACGUGAAACUGACUUUUCUAUUAGUCUGGGAUUCAGAGCUGAACUCGCCAGUAAGACACUCCGUGGUUCUCUUUGUAUCAAACAUUUUCACUGCAUUUCUUUUUUUUUUUUUUUUCUUCCCCGCUCGUAAUCAUCUUAUUUUUCAGAACCCAGUCCCUGGUUUGAAUGUGGCGUUUCUUGUAUGUUUUUUUUUUUUUGUUGUUUUUUUUACUAUAAUUAUUAUUAUUAUUAUUAUUAUUACGCCAUAUAAAUGGAAACACUUGCCGAAGAGAAUGAUUAUUUAAUGUGCCAGGGUGGAAUCCAGUCAGUCUGUGGGUGACUGAACAUUCUUUGACGUCCCUAUAAUAUGUAUUUUCUUCACACCGCGUGUUUUUAUAAGUCUAUAUGAACAGAGCGUCAGAACGGUGUAACGGUUAAUAGGAAAGCUUGCUAACAUUCGUAACGUGUAAUAAUGGCUGUUUAUGAAGUGUUUCCUUGCCUCGUAGCCGUUUCAGUGGGUAUUCGUGAUCAGUGUCCGAUCCGGAUUUUUCUUUUCUUUCUUUUUUUUUUCCCCCUCUCUCUUCUUCCUUUGAAGGGAACAUGCAAACGGAUGACAGUAACUCGAGUGCUGUUUUAGAGAGACUCUCAAACUGCCACUGCUAAAUAUCUCAUCUUAAUGCCUUAACUAACACUACACAGCAGGGCCGUUUCACGUGGUUCUGCGUUACGACACUACAGAAAUGUUUCUCUUGCCUUUUGUUAAUGUAGAACUCUCAGUCUUUUUUCAAUAAUGAUCCCUAAACAGCCAGAUCUGAAUUAAACCGACUCCAAAACUGAACCCAGUCGAUAUUUUAUUUAGAGCCUACUGUAAACUGCUCGGUGUCACGUCUCGUUUGCUCACGAAGCAGUCCUAAGUGGCUCCGUCACAGGUAGGCCCGUGAUCUCUUGGAUAUAGGAUGAGGCCACCGUUAGAGCCCACGAGGUCCAUCCAUUAAAAAUCAUGAUUUUAGUAUCUAGCUUCAGUUCUGGAGCACUUUAACACACCUGAUUUGAACAAGUGAAAAGUUUGUCGUUUUUAAUCCGAAUCAGGUUUGUAAAACAGUGUGGUGCUCCAGAAAUGGAGGUAGACAAUCCUUUCAUCGAUUAAAUGUACCUAUGGUGUGUUUUUUUUUUUGGGGGGGGGCUUUCAAGAAAUUACAGUUCCUUCAUUAUCCCCCCCAGCCCC